AUGCAGUGCAAGGCGCGUCGCGUAGCCAAGGCUGAUGCCUUAGCAAGCGAAAUGUCACAACCUCGCGCAGCAAUGCGCCCGCGAAGUGUAAAUGCGGCCAGCUCCCGAAGGGUUUGCCUCAUAACGCGUGCUGGACUGCAAGGNACAAUUCGACUCGUUGUCAAUAGCCACCGCUAUUGACUGCCUCGUCCGUCUUGCCAGCCCACGUUAUGAGACAAACGCAUCUCACCCCUAUUUAUGAAAUGAGUUCUACAUUAAGCCUGAUGAUGGUGCAUGACCGUAAAAACCAUGUCAAUCAAUUAAUUGUGUGUUUUAUAUUAAUGCGCAACAAAGUGUAAGUGGACUUGUGUUGGCUGUUUGACUUUGAUAAUCGCACUCUUUGCUCUGACUCGCUUUGUCCUGAAUAUAGGCAUGCAUGAUGUGUGGGUAAGGGUAUUGAAAGCGGG